AUGGCUAAUCUCGACUUCCAAUCACCUCAAACAUUAGGCUUACCCCUAGCCUUUUAUGGCACCGCAACCCACUCUCGAGGACUAAAUGAGCUCGAGAUCCUGGAGAACUGCUUCAUUUUAGUGGACAACUCAGGCAAAAUCCAAGCUUUACGACCCAACGUGAACCCCAACCAGAUCAACUCCUUGAUCUCAGAACUCGGCUACGCCCCAGACGUGUUCCCCGUCAAAUACCUACAGCGUGGCCAAUUCCUCUGUCCAGGCUUCGUGGACACUCACAACCAUGCACCUCAAUAUGCCCAACGAGGCGUUGGCCGCGGCAUAACACUAAUGGAUUGGUUAAAUACAGUCACAUUUGCACACGAAGCCAAAUUCAAAGAUACCGAAUAUGCCAAAAACAUGUAUUCGCGUUGCGUAUCCGGUUUCCUACAACAGGGCAUCACAACAGCUUCUUACUAUGGUUCUCUUCACGGGAAAGCCACGCAAAUACUAGCCGAUACCUGUCUGGAGAAGGGACAACGUGCGCUAGUCGGAAAAUGCAAUAUGAAUCGAAAUUGCCCGGACUGGUAUACUGAUUCUUCGGUUCAAGAGUCUCUCGACCAAACUCGAGAGGUGAUUCAGCAUAUACGCAAGAUAGAUCCAGAAAGCAAGCUAGUCAAGCCUGUUAUAACUCCAAGAUUUGCUAUAUCGUGCGAGCCAGAUCUACUGCAUGGCUUAGGGGUGAUUGCCAAAGAACAUCCCGAGUUGCCGAUUCAAACACAUUUUAACGAAGCCCGAGGGGAGAUGGAAUUUACUCGACAAUUAUUUCCAGACUUUCGUAACGAGACGGAGCUCUAUACGAAAUUCGGACUAUUGGGCGACCGCACCAUUCUCGCUCACUGUAUCUUUCUAGAAGAGAACGAGAUUGAAGAGAUCCGAAAACUUGGCUGUGGAGUCGCUCACUGUCCAGUUUCAAAUACAACUAUGGAUUCAUUCAUGGUAGCGCCGAUACGUGAAUAUCUACGAAAGGGAAUCAAUGUGGGUCUAGGAACAGAUUGCGGUGGUGGCCAUUCUAUUUCCAUGCUUGAGACCAUGCGACAAGCAUUUGUAGUUUCAAUUGCACGUCAAGAGGCUACCAAGGGUCAUGAUGUGGCCUUAUCUUUGGCCGAGGGGUUCUAUCUUGCUACGCUUGGUGGCGCUCAGGUGUGUGGGUUAGACGAGAGGAUUGGAAACUUUGCCAUCGGUAAAGACUUUGAUGCCCUUGAGAUUCAUACGACUGAACUUGACACGCCCGGGAUCAUGACCCCGGUUGAAGAAGAAGACACACUGUCUGUGAUAUUUGAGAAAUGGGUCAUGACCGGCGAUGACAGAAAUAUUGCGAAGGUGUAUGUUCAGGGCCGUUCUGUCAAAACAUGA